AUCUCUAAUGGAUGCACCAGUGCUCUAUGCUGAAUUAAAUUUAGCCAAGACCAGAGGGCUCAGGUGUACAUCAGCUCCAUCUCUCCCCCAAGAUGCCUGUCAGGGACCAGGCUGGCAUCCGGUGGCUCUGAAACUCAGCUGUGCUGGGCUGAUCUUUCUUCUGAUGGUACUCAGUGUCUUAGUGGGAUUCUUGGUGCAAAAACCUCUACUAGAAAAAUGCAGUGUGGUUGCUCAAGAAAACAGGACUGAACCAACAGGGAGAUCAGCCACACUAGAGUGCCCGAGAGACUGGCAUCCACACUGUGAUAAAUGCUUAUUUACUUCUCAAACUUCCAGACCUUGGGCUGACGGUCUGGUAGACUGUAAUUUGAAGGGAGCCACUUUGCUGCUCAUUCAAGAUGAAGAAGAAUUGAGAUUAUUGCAGAACUUCUCAAAGGGAAAAGGACAACAAUUUUAUAUUGGACUAAAAUAUGAAGAAGUGGACAAGGUUUGGAAGUGGAUGAAUGGUUCUAUUUUAAAUACUAAUCUAUUACAAAUCACUGGCAAGGAUGAAGAAAACAGCUGUGCCCUCAUCUCACAAACAGAAGUGUUUUCUGAUUCCUGUUCUUCAGACAACCAUUGGAUCUGCCAAAAGACACUGAAACACGUCUGAAACCCUGUGCCCUGACUCCUGAUUAUGAAUCUCAUCUCUAUUACUUCACAAUUCACGCCAGAUCU